UACUAAGACCCUUUUUUAGGAUUGAUUUGUUUUUUUUUUGUCACGUUGCCGUGAAUAGGUGGUCACCGCCUUUCCUGCUGCUAUAAAAUAUGCCCUUGCCCCCGGCCUCACCUUCAUUCUAAGCUGAUUUAAUUCCUUUUUGUGCUUCCCCGAAUUCCUUCAAGAUGCAAAUCUUCGUCAAGACCCUCACCGGAAAGACCAUUACUCUCGAGGUCGAGAGUUCUGACACCAUCGAUAAUGUGAAGGCGAAAAUUCAAGAUAAGGAAGGGAUCCCUCCCGACCAGCAGCGUCUAAUCUUCGCCGGAAAACAGCUGGAGGAUGGCCGUACCCUUGCCGACUACAACAUCCAGAAGGAGUCAACCCUUCACCUUGUCCUCCGUCUUCGCGGUGGCAUGCAGAUCUUCGUUAAGACCCUCACCGGCAAGACCAUCACCCUCGAGGUUGAAAGUUCCGACACCAUCGACAACGUGAAGGCCAAAAUUCAGGAUAAGGAGGGAAUCCCACCGGACCAGCAGAGGUUGAUCUUCGCCGGGAAGCAGCUUGAGGAUGGCCGCACCUUGGCUGACUACAACAUCCAAAAGGAGUCCACCCUUCACCUUGUCCUCCGACUGCGUGGUGGAAUGCAGAUUUUCGUUAAGACCCUUACCGGAAAGACAAUCACCCUGGAAGUUGAGAGUUCGGACACCAUCGAUAAUGUCAAAGCAAAGAUCCAAGACAAGGAGGGAAUUCCCCCGGACCAGCAGAGGUUGAUCUUUGCCGGAAAACAGCUCGAGGACGGCCGCACCUUAGCCGAUUACAACAUCCAGAAGGAAUCCACCCUCCACCUUGUGCUGCGUCUUCGUGGUGGAUUUUAAGUGAGGAUGGCAUUACAACUGGAUGUUCUGUUGUAGUAGUUUCCAAAUUUAUGAACUAGUUGUUUGGUUAUGGGUCCCUAGCGGCCCUUUAAAAUAGGUUUAGUCUUUGAUGUUUAAAAACUGGGUAAUAUUACUAUAUGCUGUGUUUGAUUCUGUGAUUCUACUUAUAUAGUUUGUCUUUAUGUAUUUGAAUUACUGAAUGUGGUGUUCUCAGUUGUUACUAGAAAUGCUGCGUGGAGUGGGAGCUUUCUGGAUUAUCUAUCAUCACAUCAGAUAUUUUACAUUCCAAUCUACCAUGAUUUGGAUUUCAA